AUUGUCAUUUUAUACGAGCUACAAUUACGUUCUAAUAUGGACGCUGCCGAUUGUAAAAUCAAGUAAGGAUCCUGAUACUUCACGACUUUUGCAGACAUUUGAGACGUCAUUCUUUCUCAUGGCAGUGACCUACCACAGUGGAUUACCUAUCAAGUACUUGAUUCGCUACUCACGUCACCAGGCGCACGUUGGACUUUUCAGGAAAUGAAGGAUUCCCUUCCCAAAUAUGAGGCUACUGAGAAGGAAUGAUCAGAAGAGACUAUAAGAUGUCAGCUUGCAUGUUCCCUCACACACCCACACCGAACGAUCUUCUUUCGAAGCUCCUAGACAGUUUUGUAGGCUUUGCCUACACCUUGGCUGUUUGGGCAGGGCAGGAAGAAGGAUACGAGAACCCUGCCUGUGGAGGGAAAUCUGUCAUCGUCCACCUCUUCGAAUGGAAGUGGACAGACAUAGCCCUGGAGUGUGAAAGGUUUUUAGCCGGUGCCGGAUUCUGCGGUGUUCAGGUUUCUCCUCCAAAUGAACACACAGUGAUUACGACAGACUACCCGUAUCCUUGGUGGCAGAGGUACCAACCAGUGUCAUAUAAGCUCCACUCCAGAUCAGGGACAGAGGAGGAGUUUGUUGAUAUGGUUCAUCGUUGUAAUGCUGUAGGUGUUAGAAUCUUUGUGGAUGCUGUCAUCAAUCAUAUGGCGGGAGUUGGUCGUCAUGGUGAGGGCUCUGCUGGGUCCAGCUUCGACUCCGAUGCCAGGGAUUUUCCCGCAGUCCCUUACAAAGCUGAUAACUUCACCCCGAGGGACUUGUGUCCGUCUAAGAGUGGGACUGUUGACAACUACACCGAUCCCUACAACGUUCGUAACUGCUACCUUCUUGGACUGACCGACCUCUACGGUGCCACAGACUACGUCAGGCAGACUGUUGCUGCAUAUUUCAACAAAUUGGUGGACAUAGGUGUGGCAGGUUUCAGAGUCGACGCAUCGAAGCAUAUGUGGCCAGAGGAUCUAAGAGCUAUAUUAGAGCUGACCCAUGACCUCAACACGGAGCAAGGCUUCCCUGCUGGAACAAGGCCUUUUUUUGCCCAUGAGGUCAUUGACUUGGGUAAUGGGGCAGUGACACCCCAGGAAUAUUAUGGCUUAGGUCGAAUAACAGAAUUCAAAUAUUCCCAGAAGAUUGCUUUGGGCAUACAGGAACUCGACCAGCUAAAGAAUGUGUAUGAACCUGGCAGUGGGAUGGUAGAUCCAGACAAGGCUUUUGUUUUUGUGGAUAACCACGACAAUCAGCGUGGACAUGGUGGUGCUGGUGACACUCUGUCUCAUAAGUGGCCUCAUGAUUACCGUCUUGGUGUGGCAUUCAGCCUCGCUCAGCCAUACGGCUUCACUCGCAUCAUGUCUUCUUAUUACUUUGGUGAUGAUUCGGAUGCUGGGCCUCCGCAUUAUAGUGAUUACUGCACAGCAGAUGUCAUCAUCAACUCCGAAAAUCAGUGUGAAGGUGGCUGGGUAUGUGAGCAUCGAUGGCUUUCAAUCUACAAAAUGGUCCGCUUUCGCAAUGCCGUGGCUGCUGCUGAUUCGUGGGACGAUUAUUAUUUUGAUGGCAAUGUUGUUGCUUUCUCGAGAGGUGACAAGGGAUUCUUCGCUAUGGUGAAAAACGGCACAAUUGCUAAGCAGACGUUUCCAACUCGCAUGCCACCAGGAGACUAUGAGGACAUCGUCUCAUGCCGGCCAGUUACUGUGAGAAGUGAUGGUACAGUCCAGAUCUCAGUCGCCAGUGAAGAAGAGCCGGUCUUUGCCAUCUGUCAAGGCUGUGUCUGUUCAGGGAACAUUGACGUUACACGGAUUUCUAGACCACAUCCUCCAGCGCAAGCAACCUCACCCAUGGAGCGUAUUGCAGCCUCUGUUAUUGGAGGUGUUCAUCGCACUGUUGUUAUCAUUGAAAAACAAACCUUCGAGAAUCAAGAUCUGUUCCUUCGAGGAGGCGUUGAUGCAGACAAAAGGCCAAGCUGCACCGAGGACGUUGCCACGGACCCUUGCGCCAUCGACAUGGAAUCGAACUCUUUGGGCGAGACUGACCAUUACAACAAGUACAAUUCGUGGCGUCUUGGAGAUACCAGGCUAGACUGGCGAGGAGCGGAGCCAGGUCAAGGCAUUUACCAGGGUCAAGCUGCUUUCGGGUCUCCGAUGGCUUGGACAUCCAACCAACCUGGAAGUCCUGGCUUCCAGAGGCUGAAUGAAUGGGGCGAACACUAUUGGAUGGUUGACGUUAACAUGAACUGCUCGCAAACAGAGAAGGGAUGGUUCGAAAUAAAGGCCUUCAUGGACAACUGGGAAGAGGACAUAGAGCAGGUCUCGGAUUGUUCUGGUACUGCAGGUGGAACUACCCCGUAUGCAAGCAAGAACCAUGUUGGUAGGUGUGGCUACAUCAAUGUAUUUACCUUCGGUUCUCCAUCUUGUGUAGUGAACACCUUUUAACUAACAAAAGUAGUCGCACCUAAAUAAAAGCAAUGUUGCACAUUA